CAAUGCAACAAUACGAAAAAGCAGUCCUCUGCUUCUCAUGGCGUGAAAUCUCAGCCGAAGGUGUUGGUUCCACCACCCCAGGUGGCCGACGAUCAGCAUGCUCUGACACCGAUUAUCAGUCCGACGACGGAGAAAGAAUUGCUGAAAGAUUUAAUGUGGGAUACGAAAGAACCAUCUUCGAGCUCGAUGAAUUCAUCCCCGAAUCUGAGGGACGAGGACAACACAACAAUAUUUUCACCAACUUGGGAGGAAAAUUAUCAGGAUCUAAGUGGAUGGUGCUCCAGGAUCCCCAUGGAUCACAGAAGUUACAGUUUUCCUGUAGGUGAAUCUCUUAAUGGUAGGCAUUCAGAUAUGAAAAUCGACGAUCAGACUUACUCGACAAACGUGGGGGUUGACGUUCUUAACGUGGGUAUGACUUCUGCAACAAUCGAUCUUGAUGAUUUUAAGCAGCAAAACAAUAUUACUAACAAUAAUAAUCUUAACAACAGUAAUAAUAUGAAUAAUAUCAUUAAAAAUAAUAAAAAUGUAAUGCUACCACCGAUUGAUGAUGAUAAACCUAUAAUGCUGGGGGGGACUAUUGAUGUACCUGAUGAAUGGCUGGACUUACCUAAGUCUUCCAUAGCCUCACGAACAGAUGAAUGGAUACGGCUAGUUGAUAAUGACAAAAUGGACGAACCGCUUCAGCGACUCGAAAUUAAUCAAUUAAAUGACAAUGUUAAUUUGGAUAACAGCUACUCUGCAGAGCCUACAGUCAAUUGGGAUAUUAUUUAUAAUUUCGAUAACAAUGAAAAAGGCCUACAUGAUCGAGUUACAAAUCCUAGAGUUUUCCAGGAUUGCGACUCAGUUUUGUCAAUAUGA